GCCAUGGUUCACCAUGACGUGCAAGUGAAUUUUAAUUCAUUCUAGAGAGAUUUAGUACAAAGGAAGUAAAUCUCAAAGGAGUAGGUCCGAUCAGCCUCAUCGUUGAAAAUAAUUGAGCUAAUAUGAGUUAUAUUUGCUUGUUUUGCAAACGGUUUCUAUAGCACUGCGAUAGUGCAAGACAAGAAAUCAAACCUCACCAUGUUGCUGGAAGCAGUUUCAAGGGGCAGGCUAUACCAAGUUAAAUUCUUACUGGAAUCGUUUACUGAGGACGUGAACAAAGUGGAUGAAAAUCGUCAAACCGCUCUGAUGAAAGCGAUUUUUCUUCCCGACACAAUGCACCGCACGUGUUACAAAAUUGUGAAGAUUCUACUCGACCACAAAGCGCGCGUCAACGUUGCAGACAGGGAAGGAAGAACAGCGUUGAUGUGGGCUUGUAUUCGCGGACAAGAAAACGUCGUCAGAAAGAUCCUCGAUGCUUCAAUUUUAGAUCUGGAUUUGAACGGAGGAGACAAGUACGGAAACACAGCAUUGUUCUACGCCGCAGCGAGUGGUCAAGUGAAUACCGUGAAAAGACUUGUGACAGCGAUAAAACGAUUUGGACUGGAUAUCGAUAAAAAGAACGCGCAAGGAAUGACACCGAUACUGGAAGCCACCAAACGUGGGCAUGAUGAAUGUGCACAAGUGCUGAUGACCGAAGGUAAAGCAUCUCUAACAAUUAGAGACCCUGAAACUUUCUUAAACACCAAAGAAUGGGCUGAAAAGCGCUCUUUGACCAACUUAUCUGAACUCAUUGCACGAAGGAGCCCCUCGCCGCAGAUGGCAGUACAAAACGUUGAGAACGAUCUGGAGCUCCACGAAGUGAUAUCAUCAGCCUCAGAUUUGGAAAAUGAGAACAAUCAGAGAAACCUUGCUAAUGAGAGUGGUAACGGUAAUGAACAAGCAGCACGUUCGCCGCAACAAAGACGAGGCUCACUGUUGAAUCAUGAAAAGAUUAAAGGGCCAAUCGACACGCUUCCUUCGUCACGGCAGGGUCGAAACACACCACUGAUAACAGAAAAUAAAAAAGAGGGAUCAGUUUCUUCAAGGAGUUCCACCCCAACCGUAUCUUUAACAAGAAGAAAAAGCGAACUUUUUGACAAGACCAAAAUCGGAAAGGCUGCCAUUACGGCAAAAUCAGAAAUGUGCCGGCUUCUGAGCUUGUAUGGCAUUCAACAUUCUGAAUCUUACAGGCAGAGUUUCGACCCGAUACUUCUACCUCCAAGUGGUUACUGGCCCGAUCCACUAGCUCAUCUCAGAGACAACACUUCAUUCGUAGGGGAUGACUAUUUAGAGUCGAGUUUUUUAGAUCUCCUACGACCACGCGGAUCGGGUCGUCGGAGAUCUUCGGCUUUUCCCGGAGCUCCUGAUAUGGGUCGACGAGGGAGCAGUGUUGCUGGUCGAAAAGGGUCAAUAAUGCCCAAUGGAUCCGGUGCGGGAAUGGGAAAGAGAGGUUCUCUUGCUCCAUCAUUGAUGUCGAUGGGGGUUAGUAAAAACUUUCUAGAGACUCCAGGACUUCUUACGUCGCGAAGAACGACUUUAUCUGCAAACAAUGCAAGGGGAACAACAUCACUGAGCCCUUUCGACAGGAGGGGCUCACUUAUGCCGAGAGGAAGUCAACAGACUAGGCCCACGCUCCCUCGCCGGACUACUACGCACAUCACGGUUGGACUAGGACAAAUACAGGAGAGCCAGAACUGAUUCGAAGAAAACAGUUAUUGCAUGAACGGACAGUGAAAAAUCUACCAAACGUAAAAUCUACUUUUUAAGUUUAUUCAGAGUUUCUCUGUCACGUUAAAAAGCCGAGUGAAAUGAAACCAAGUGUCCUAUUCAAUGUACCAAUCCCAGAACGGUUUGGUAUGUCACCAUGACAAUUUUACUUUCAGCUGACGCGACUGAGGGGGUGAAUUGGCCAGGAGAAACUCGAGUAAACAAGAGCUAGUGCGUCCUCUGUUAUCUUAUUUAGCCUGUGAGCAGGCCCCAAAUAUCAGCGUUCCGGUGAGGACGCUACUUCGUUCGCGAGAAAGUUUAAGGCAACGCCACUGAUAAUUAUUAGUGCCAGGCCCUUACAGGCAAGUCUUCGGCUCUCUUUGCCCGAGGCUUACUCGCUCAUAGGUUUAAUGAGGGCCCACUUCCAGGGUAGCGCUUAUUUCUCAGAAGGAGCUAGUUGUUCAGUUCAAAUGCGCACUUGGUUUGCACGCCACGAUUCUUAGUAACAACAAGUAAGCGCCUCGUACACAACUUUAAGAUGUGUGGCGAAAAAAACCUUUGGUGGAACGAUGUGACUUCGUAGUACGGGUAUAGCGAUGUGGUAAUGUUUCAUAACGAUGUGACCGAAAAUUUUGAACGAAAUGACGACACACCACACGCGGCGAUCAGUUGGAAAACUUACAUAUAAGAAUUAUAUUAGUCGCUCUCAAGUCACGUUUUUUCAUUGACAUGGCCUAUUGUCACUGUGUUGUUCUGUUCUACUAUGUUCAAGAGUUGUUCAUGUGGGUCGCAGUCUCAUUAAAAUUGUAAAG